AUGCGACUGAAACAACAGGGAGACAGUGCAGCUGUGUCCACAUGGAGACAGUACAGUUGUGUCUAUAGGAAGACAGUAGAGCUGUGUCCACAGGGAGACAGUAGAGCUGUGUCCACAGGGAGACAGUACAGCUGUGUCCACAGGGAGACAGUAAAACUGUGUACACAGGGAGACAACAGUACAGCUGUGUCUACAGGGAGACAACACAGCUCUGUCCACAGGGAUACAGUACAGCUGUGUCCACUUGGAUACAGUACAAGUACAGCUGUGUCCACAGGGAGACAAUACAGCUGUAUCUUCAGGGAGACAGUACAGCUGUGUCUACAUGGUGACCGUACAUCUGUGUCCAUUGGGAGACAGUACAUCUGUUUCUACAAGGAGACAGUACACCUGUUUCUACAGGGAGACAGUACAGCUGUGUCCACAUGGAGACAGUAUAGCUGUGUCCACGGGGUGACAACACAGCUGUGUCUACAGGGAAAAAGAUCAUUGCUGUGUGGUUCCACAACAACACAGCCACAUAUAACAAGGAUAAUUACUGCAGUCAUACAAAAUACCACGUCAGAGCCUAAAGCAAUAACUGAACCAGAGGCAGAAGCAACAUCGGAACCGGAAGCAGAAGCCAUCUCCGAGCCGGAAGCAGAAGCAACAUCAGAACCAGAGGCAGAAGCAACAUCAGAACCAGAGGCAGAAGCAACGUCAGAACCAGAGGUAGAAGCAACGUCAGAACCAGAGACAGAAGCAACAUCAGAACCAGAGACAGAAGCAACAUCAGAACCAGAGGCAAUAGCAACGUCAGAACCAGAGGCAAUAGCAACGUCAGAACCAGAGGCAGAAGCAACAUCAGAACCAGAGGCAGAAGCAACAUCAGAACCAGAGGCAGAAGCAACAUCGGAACCGGAAGCAGAAGCCAUCUCCGAGCCGGAAGCAGAAGCAACAUCAGAACCAGAGGCAGAAGCAACAUCAGAACCAGAGGCAGAAGCAACGUCAGAACCAGAGGCAGAAGCAACGUCAGAACCAGAGGUAGAAGCAACGUCAGAACCAGAGGCAGAAGCAACAUCAGAACCAGAGGCAGAAGCAACGUCAGAACCAGAGGUAGAAGCAACGUCAGAACCAGAGGUAGAAGCAACAUCAGAACCAGAGACAGAAGCAACAUCAGAACCAGAGGCAGAAGCCACAUCAGAACCAGAGGCAAUAGCAACGUCAGAACCAGAGGCAAUAGCAACGUCAGAACCAGAGGCAGAAGCAACAUCAGAACCAGAGGCAGAAGCAACAUCAGAACCAGAGGCAGAAGCAACAUCAGAACCAGAGGCAGAAGCAACAUCAGAACCAGAGGCAGAACCUACUUCAGAACCUGAGGCAGAAACAACAUCAAAACCAGAGGCAGAAGUAACAUCGGAACCUGAAGCAGAAGCAACGUCAGAGCCAGAGGCAGAAGCAACAUCAGAACCUGAAGCAGAAGCGACAUCAGAACCUGAAGCAGAAGCAACAUCACAACCAGAGGCAGAAGCAACAUCACAACCAGAGGCAGAAGCAACGUCCGAACCAGAGGCAGAAGCAACAUCAGAACCAAAGGCAGAAGCAACAUCAGAACCAGAGACAGAAGCAACAUCAGAACCAGAGACAGAAGCCACAUCAGAACCAGAGGCAGAAGCAACAUCAGAACCAGAGGCAGAAGCAACAUCAGAACCAGAGGCAAUAGCAACGUCAGAACCAACAUCAGAACCAGAGUCAGAAGCAACAUCAGAACCAACAUCAGAACCAGAGUCAGAAGCAACAUCAGAACCAGAGGCAGAACCAACCUCAGAACCAGAGGCAGAAGCAACAACAGAACCUGAAGCAGGAGCAACAUCAGAACCUGAAGCAGAAGCAACAUCAGAACCAGAGGCAGAAGCAACGUCAGAACCUGAAGCAAAAGCAACGUCAGAACCAGAGACAGAAGCAACAUCAGAACCAGAGACAGAAGCAACUUCAGAACCUGAGGCAGAAGCAACGUCAGAACCAGAGGCAGAAGCAACAACGGAACCUGAAGCAGAAGUAACAUCAGAACCAGAGACAGAAGCAACAUCAGAACCAGAGGCAGAAGCAACAUCAGAACCUGAGGCAGAAGCAACUUCAGAACCAGAGGUAGAAGCAACGUCAAAACCAGAGACAGAAGCAACAUCAGAACCAGAGGCAGAAGCAACAUCAGAACCUGAGGCAGAAGCAACUUCAGAACCUGAGGCAGAAGCAACGUCAGAACCAGAGGCAGAAGCAACAACGGAACCUGAAGCAGAAGCAACAUCAGAACCUGAAGCAGAAGCAACAUCAGAACCAGAGACAGAAGCAACAUCAGAACCUGAGGUAGAAGCAACGUCAGAACCAGAGGUAGAAGCAACGUCAGAACCAGAGACAGAAGCAACAUCAGAACCUGAGGCAGAAACAACAUCAAAACCAGAGGCAGAAGCAACAACAGAACCUGAAGCAGGAGCAACAUCAGAACCUGAAACAGAAGCAACAUCAGAACCAGAGGCAGAAGCAACAACAGAACCAGAGACAGAACCAACAUCAGAACCAGAGGCAGAAGCAACAACAGAACCUGAAGCAGGAGCAACAUCAGAACCUGAAACAGAAGCAACAUCAGAACCAGAGACAGAAGCAACAUCAGAACCAGAGGCAGAAGCAACAACGGAACCUGAAGCAGAAGUAACAUCAGAACCAGAGGCAGACUCAGCGGCAACAUCUGAAGCUGAAUCUGCGACAGAACCAGAGACAAGGCCUUCGGCAGUGGAGAUAAUUCUACCUCCAGUUUCCUUGAUGGUGUUCGUGAUAAUUGGUCUUCUGUCGCUGUUGAUCUCCAGUCGUUGUAAAACUUCACCGCUGGGUGUCGAGAAAAGACGACGACAGAGAGAUACAAGCCGUGACGUGACCGAUUUUAGUUAUGACGACAUCAGUGUUACGUCUGUGUCUACAGAGAACGAGUCAUGCCAUGGCGAAUUCCUAUCCAACUUUGAUCUGGAAGUGCUUGAAAGUCUUCACUCCUCAUACAACAGACCGUUAGAACUGCUAAAAAUAUCAUUUCCCGCUUUAUUGUCUUUGGGUUUAUGUCCUUUUACCCUGUACCUGUAUGAACCCUUUACGACAUUUCUGUGGCCCCCUGAUGAAUACGAAACUCCGCCUGAUAUCAAUGACGCCAUAGCAUGUUUUCUUGCCCCGGCUGGUCUUGUAUACGCCACGUCGUUCGGGUUUGCUUUCCAGCAGGCACUGAACAAACAGAGAGAUAUUCUAGACAAGUUGACAACGGAGAUCAGCAUGAUAGAUCAAAUUGCUACAUUUUCCAGUAAACUUAAACUCAUUAACAGCAAUAUACGGAGGGAAAUAUACUACGCUGUCAAAUGUGAAGCUGUGUUCAUGGUUCUACAGAUUCUCAACAGGGAACAGACCUCAUAUCACUACAAGCCGAAUGUGGAUGUAAAAGUGAAGAUCUGGUCCAUCGUCGACCUACUACGGGAGGUGGAUGCCAGUGACAACAAUAUUGUCAACAAGACCAUGUGUGAUAAAAUCAUGUCCCACAUCAUAAAGCUUAACAGCAUAUGUUCCGACCGUAUAGGUAUUCUGCACACCAAGAUACACCCUGUCAAGUGGGCAUUCCUGGAGACGCUUGGUUUUUUCUCGUUCAUUGGUAUCCUACUGUUACGAGCCCUGUCCUACCGGCUGGAGCUGACCAUGUGUAUCAUCACUGUGUUCUCCAUCAGCAUGCUCUGCUACGUCGUGUCCGACCUUGACUCGCCCUUCAGUGGUUUCUUCCGCGUGGACCUAUCCAUACUUGGGGUGGUGGUCCAGCGACUGGAGAGAAUGUACUACGAGGAGCGGACAAUGGCAGAGGGAACUAUUAUCACAGUAUCGACAUUUGUAGAUGACAGCGAAUUGAAAGAUUUGCGUUCUAUGAAAUCAAACAAACCAUUAUUUUAGGUCUUAAAGUAUUACAAUUGUUAAAAUAAUGUGUAUUUGGCCGUCUGGUGUAUGGUAUUUCUAGCCAGCUAAAAGGUGACAAAAGGACAAGUAAAUCGGCUGUUACAUGAUAAGUAUUACAGCCAACCUUCAUUAUCAGAAUUCAGCAAUUUCAACAACAUUGUGAUUUGUACUUAAAACAUAUUUGUAAAAUAGACAGCAUGUAUCAAAUUAUGGCUAUUUAUAAUAUUGCAUGGAGUGAUACAGCACAGUCUUGAUGAGUAAUAAAACAAUAAAACAUCUCAUUGUUAAUGGUCAUAUAAAUAGCAAAUCCAGAAAUACAACCAUUUAAUCACUACUUGGACGCAAUUUAAAAAAGGUGACUUUAUUAAUUGUUAGUAUGCAAAAUGGCUAAUCAUGGACCUUGUUGUUGACAUGUAAUUAGCUCUUUGUGACUGUUAACAAAACAUACUAAAAAGUAAAAGUUAUUAUGAAGUAAUUAUGAAUCCAGUAAGAACGAGGCAGUUCCGCAUCCUCCUCAUAGCUGGUAUUG